AUGAAAUUUCAACAAGAUAUACAGUAUUUUCCUGCCUCUGUACGAUUGGCAUUUGUGCCAAUGGCAUUGCUCUCCAUUUACAUUAUUCAAUCGCAAACGCGUGUCUUUACAGUGUCCAGGAACGAAGCGCACCAAGGGUGGUGGAUGGCAUGUCUGUAUUUCAUCACAGCCACCACAGCUCUAUGCCUGGUUGCCUGGGAUCAGAUCCAAGUGCCAUUGAAAUUCAUGUAUUCCUGCUUCUUUAAACGUAUUGGUAACCAUGGCAACGACCAACAGAGCCGCCUUGAAUCAUUCUACCAAGAUCAAGCCAAGAUUUAUGACAACUCGCGAGGUGCCCUGUUGCGUGGACGCAAGACCAUGCUCAAGCUAUCUGCUGCUCAGCUCCGAGAACAAAUUGCCACUGGCAUCACAAACAAGAGACCCAUCUGGGUGGAUCUCGGUGGAGGCACUGGCUGGAACAUUGAAACCAUGAAUGAAUCUUUUCCCAUUGAGCAGUUUGAGCAAGUGAUAUUAGUCGAUUUGACCCCCUCGCUUUGUCAAGUGGCUCGCGAGCGCUUUGAAAGUAAGGGAUGGAAGAACGUUACUGUGCUUUGUCAAGAUGCCUCCUCGUUUCAAUUACCUGGUCUUGAAGGCUCAUUGGAAGGAAGUGUGAGUCUCGUCACCGUAUCGUAUGCAUUAUCCAUGAUGGACCAUUUCUACCCCGUUGUUGAUCGUAUUCAAUCCUUACUAUCUCCUGAAGGUAUUGUUGGUGUAGUUGACUUUUAUGUCUCGGGCCGAUCCAAUGCACCUGCUGAAAAAUGGUCUCCUCAACAAAAUCGUCAAUGCAAUUGGUUUACUCGCCAUUUCUGGCAGGCUUGGUUUGAGUUGGAUCACAUUAACUUGCAACCUGGGCGUCGUGAUUACUUGGAAUACAAGUUUGGUACCAUCAAAUCUUUGAAUCGUCGCAACCAUUUCAUCAUCCCCUACCUCAUUCAAAUGCCUUAUUAUAUCUGGCUCGGCUGUUCCAGUGCUCGUCAAAAUGAGCUGUCGAAUCUGGUGGAGAUUCCUGAUGACACAGACAGCGUCAUGAGUGGCCAUAGUAAUCGGUCGUCCUUUAGCCAUGCAAACAGUGCCAACAGUCUCAUGGCAAGCCGUCAGACACGUUCCGUCUCCUCGUUCUCCUUCCAGAACAAGCAGUGGCGGUUGGAUUACAACCCUUCCUUGUCGUGUCAUACUCAGUUCAGAUCCUACAUUUAUGCGUUCACUUGGGAGGAUCCACGCGUUGAUUUGCAGUAUCUGAAUAUAUCCAAAGACGAUGUCAUGUUUGUCAUCACUUCUGCCGGUGACAAUGCUUUGGAAUAUGCCUUGCAAGCACAGCCUAAAAAGAUUCACUGUAUCGAUAUGAACCCCUGCCAGAACCAUUUACUGGAACUCAAACUGGCUGGUAUUACUGCAUUGGAGUACAAUGAUUUCUGGCGCAUGUUUGGCGAGGGCAAUCAUCCUCACUUUUCAACCUUGUUACAUAACAUUAUAUCGCCUCAUCUUAGCUCUUAUGCUUUCCAAUACUGGAACAAGCACAGUGAUCGCUUCAGCCACAAGUUUUACAAGACAGGCUACUCGGGAUUGGCUCUAUCGAUUCUCGAGUGGUGGAUACGUAUGCAAGGACUCGGCAAGGAUAUUGACGCCAUGACAAGUGCUUUGACGAUUCAGGAACAGAAAGAUAUAUGGGGCAGCAAAAUUAGACCUGCCAUCUUUUCGCCCAUGAUUCAAAAGAUCCUUCAUAAUCCCAUGUUUAUGUGGAAUGCGCUUGGAGUGCCUAUCAAUCAAAUGAACAUGUUCUUAAAGGAGUGCACAACCCAAGAAUACAUUGAAAAUACCUUGGACCCCAUCACAUCACACUCACUAUUCAGCGACGAUCAAUACUUUUACUAUCUCUGCUUGAAGCAACGUUAUACAAAGAAAAGUUGCCCUUCCUAUUUGACAAAGGAUGGGUUUGAGACACUCAAGACGUCGGGCGCACUGAAUUCUUUCCGUUUGCACACUGAAUCCAUCCUGGACGCACUCAAAUCCAUGGCAGACGGCUACUUGACUCGUCUUGUUGUCAUGGAUCAUAUGGACUGGUUUGACCCUGAUGCGUGCGAGGAAUUGGAUAACGAGAUUAGGGAAAUGAAACGUGCUUUACAGAGAGGAGGUCAAGUUUACUGGAGAAGUGCAGGCACAAAACCUUGGUACAACGCUUUGUUUGAAAAGCACGGAUUUGUCAAUAUCGAGCCGUUGGGAAUUCGUAGACCUGGUCAAGCAAUUGAUCGUGUAAACAUGUAUGCUAGCUUUUAUAGAGCAACAAAGCCUUGA